UAAUGUCAUAUUUGUAUAGGUAUAUGGGUUGGUAAAUAAAGUUGGCCGGCUUAUAGUCGUAGUUUGAUAUAAAUAUAAACUAGAGUAUAUUAAUAAAACUAAUUAUGUGCGCUGCUUUCAAAAUCUAUAAUGCGACUGAGUUGUGGCAAAGAGAAAACAGUGUUCCUUCCGUGCCCUCGUUCAGCCAAAGUUUAGAUAAUAUUCUGGGCCAUAACGGGCUUCGAUUAUGUUCACUUACCGAAGUGUUAGGUUUGCCAGGAACAGGCAAAACUCAACUAUGUUUACAACUGUGUGCAUCAAUACAAAUCCCAACGGUUUUGGGUGGAUUGAAUUCAGAGGCUUUGUACAUUGACACAAAUACCAACUUUACAGUAGAAAGAUUCAGGGAAAUCUUGAGAGCAAGUAUAUCUCGAUGUCAACAGCUUCUAGAUAUUCCUUUCAAAACUCGUGAAGAAGAUGCAUUGAAGAAACUCCAUUAUGUUAAUGCUCUAGGCAUUGAAAAGUUCUGUGCCUUUAUUCUCAGACUGCCUAAGAUUAUAGAAGAAAAAAGUAAUGUAAAGCUAAUAGUGAUAGACUCCAUACCUUUCCCUUUUAAGGAAGGUGUAUCAGCAAGACAACGAACUGGGUUAUUAUUUAGGUUGAUGGCAGACCUUCAAAGAUUGGCCGUGGAUAAACAGAUUGCAGUAUUACUAACGAAUGAGAUGAGUACUCGCGUGGGGCUGUCGAGCGGAUCAGUGGUGGGGGCGCUGGGAGAUGCGUGGGCGCACCGGUGUAACACUCGUGUGUUAUUGGCUGCGGACCCAGCUGACCCAGCCGCUAGGUUGGCAGUACUGCUGAAGAGUCCAAACACUCCUGGCUGCGUCACCAGGUUCCAGAUAACACACGACGGGAUCAGGGAUGUCCAAUAAAACACCAAGUGAACAUACAUAGUUAUAAUUAUACUUAAUAUAAAUAUGUAGUAUAUUGUAAACAAAACUACAGCACCAAUAAAUAUCUCAUUUUCACAAAAAUAUCAAGCUUUUAUUUCUACAACAUCAACAGUUAUACAAUGUAAAGGCAGUAUCAGAUCGGAACAUUGCGAAUGCAAGGCGAACAUUUCAAGUCUUAAUUUAUUAUUAUUAUUAUGCUCUUACGAAACGAGAGUGAGUAACACGCGUUUGUAGUCCCCUUUCGUAUCAUCCUGCAAAAUAUUACAUUGUACUUGUAACGGAAUUUGGAAAUAAUUUAGAACUUAGAACAGCAUGCAAAACUCAACGAACACGAUUUAAAAAUAUCCAAACACAAAAAUUAUUUUGCAGGAUUUAAGCACAAAGUGUGACUAGCACAUUCCUGAAGUCACCCGUUAGGUCUUCCUGUAAACAA